UGGGGCGUACAGCUCAGCAGCAGCAACAGCAGCAGCGUCGCGCCUACCUUCCAGCCCCAGGAAUGGACUGACUUUCUAGCUUCAACACGACAAAUCCUCUGUUUCUCCGAAGACCCCUCUGUCCGGGAGAGACGCAUUCUGACUUUAUCUCAAGCCUGGGAUUGGUUUAAUUCAAAGUUGAUUAGCCGUCUGUCUGGGCGACGACACAGAUCUAGUGCUUUUCCCACUCGCGAGACUUAUUUGUAGCUGUUGGACGAAACGGGAUUCAACUUAAACGAACCCGCAGACAUUUUGUUAUUUCUGAGAUUUAGAGCAUUUUUACCGCUUACUUUUUUACGAGUGCGGGCGCAGCUGGCUGAAGAAGACAACGACAUAAAAGAGGCUGACCAGAAGACGAAGGAAAAAAACAUUUCCCCUGCGCCAGCAGCGCUGUGUACAUAACGUUAUUAAUUUACAUGCGUUGAGCUCACAUCGCUGCCGCUCGUGCGUUGAGGCGGAAAGCUCGCAACAGCGAUGGAUCAUUUUGACUGACAGCUUUUGAAGAAUUAGCUAGCUUAGCCAGCACUGAUGGUGGUUUCCUGUUCGCAGACACAGUAAAUACAGGGUCCGGACAGGUACAGCUGAAUGGUCUUCUAUCAUCCUGACAAGUCAACGACACUUUUAAGUACGUUGCUAACGGCUCAUAUUCAGCUUAUUUUUUAAGGAGACUUGCUAGCGAACGUUAGCUAAGCAUCCUGCUAGCGCUGGACAGCUCCUGUUUGAGGCUGGGCUAGCUUUGGACAAAGGACCAACGCAAGGAAAAUAUAAACACAGAGCGCUCAGUUGGACGUGUUUGGGAAGGACAGCACCAAACAAGGAAUUGUCAUGAUGUUUCCACAAUCAAGACACUCAGCUUCAUCGCAGCAGCUGAAAUUCACGACUUCUGACUCCUGUGACAGGAUCAAGGAUGAAUUCCAGUUCCUCCAAGCACAGUACCACAGUUUGAAGCUUGAGUGUGACAAGUUGGCCAGCGAGAAGUCAGAGAUGCAACGCCACUAUAUCAUGUACUAUGAGAUGUCCUAUGGGCUGAACAUUGAGAUGCACAAACAGGCUGAGAUAGUGAAAAGAUUGAAUGGGAUCUGCGCACAAGUCCUCCCCUACCUGUCUCAGGAGCAUCAGCAGCAGGUCCUGGCGGCUAUAGAGAGAGCCAAGCAGGUCACCCCCCCAGAGAUGAACUCCAUCAUAAGGCAGCAGCUCCAGGCUCACCAGCUGUCUCAGCUCCAGGGCCUGGCCCUGCCCAUGACCCCUCUGCCACUGGGCCUGAGCCAACCGGCCCUCCCCGCCGUCACCACUUCCUCCGGUCUCUUCUCCCUCUCCUCCCUGCUGGCCUCACAAGCCCAGCUGGCCAAGGAGGAGAAGGCGUCACGCGACGGAGUGGACAGCCACCGUGAGGAGGAAGGAGACAAGUCUGAUUAGAUGGUGUUCUCACAUUCAGUUCUGUUUUUAUCAAGAGACCUGAAUUGAAGAUCUGAUUCUCCUUUUGGCCUACAGCCUCUCCCCUGGUUUCCCUCUCUCUGAGUGAAGCUAACAUGAGCUUCAACCCUGUCACCCAUGCUCCAGCUACCACAGCCUGCUCUUACUAUUGGUGGGCUUUGACACCUUCUUCUCCUGUCAGACUAGUCCUGAUCUCUUCAUAUCUUCUUUACCUGCUAUGCCAACCCAGCAGGGGGACUCUCUCUUGAAGUUUUCUGUUUCUUUUCCUAAGGCACUCUGUUUUUUGUAUGCAAUUAUGCUUUAGUUUUUGCUUGUGUAUUUUCUUUUUCUGCCCUCAUCGCUGCUUUGCCUCUCAGCUCUUAGUCCAGUUUAAUUUCUUACUUAUUUCUCUUUGCCUGUCUUCCUCAUCUCUUUGCUAUUUUUGAAAGUUGUUGGUGUUCAAACAGGCUUAAUGUUGAACAAGGGAAUAAUUUGGCAAGAUGGAAAACUUGUCAGACACAACGCAGGAGUCUUAAUUUUCCUAUAAAGCCCAUGAGUGUUUCUAUUUUUCAGUUCAUAUUGCAUGCACUUAUUUAAAGAUUUAAGUUGGAUUUAAGGUCAAACUGUGAUUUGUUACAGAUCAGAGAAGAGUUAACUUACAGUCCUCAUAUCCUGGCUAGAGAGAAGAACUCCUGGAAGCUUUGGCCUAAAAACGGCUGCUUUUUAAGCAGAAACAUUGUGAUAAGGACACAUCUCUAGUCAAGAAACUUGUGAUUUUUAUGUCUAAUCCUUCAUUUAUACAUGGAGUGAAAACAGCUUUUUGAGAAAGCUUCAUGCAGAGAGCUGUCAGACUAGAUAACAAACCCACCAUCAGUCAGUAAUCCUGAUCCUCACCUGACCUUGCAAGGUACGUUAGAUUAAAUCCGCCCCAGCACCUUUACUGACAGGUAACAUUUUCAUCAGCAGCUAAAUGAGCACAGUUGCCACUUGACUCCUGCUUCCUCCCACCACCUUUUUUUGUUCAGAGAGUGUGCAUGGUGAUUGUUGACAGCAGAGGGCAGUGUGUGUCCUCGCUGGGUUCAGGCCUGAGCAGAGCAGGGAUGCUGACAGAGUUAAUGGGGCUGAAGGGAAGUGGCUUAUUUAUCUAGACCUAAUAUAAAGAGGCUAGACUGGCUCUGCAUUAUUCCUAGCAUGCUGUCAGACUGUCUCCAUUAUAAUCCAGUGCUUUGGGGAAAUUCUUGGGUCUAUUUAAAGGACUUUUGAUCAUUCUUUGCAUUUAAAUUUAGAUACUGUGCAUAUUACAGCCUGCGUUACACUGAUGAUUUUUCCUGUACAGAUACACUAGAUGGGAAAAUGUACAAAAAUCAAAGCCAAGUUGAAGCACAAACCUCCACAUUUGCUCUCAUGUGUAACAAAAAAAGCUUCCCAUAGGCAAACAUGCCCUAAACGCCUAUUUAAGCAUUCAGCCACAAGACUAUUACAUUUUACCCCAAAUUCCCUCCAAUGGGGUAAUCAUUUGUCAAAACUUGCACCAUAUUAUUGCAACAUCACCACACUAAAUCCAGCAGUAAACUAUGUGUGCAGGCUAAUGCCUCUUUUAAUUACUCAAGGUUUAAUUACUUAAUGAUGAACUUUGGCUGACGUGAGGCAUCCAUCCUCAUUUGGCUUUCAGGCAAUCCAAUAAAUCAGAGCUUCCCCCAGUUUUUCCUGUCUGGGAAAGCUCUUAUUUCCCAGUCCUAAUUACCAUUAGAAGUGUGAGGAAGAUGUCUGGCAAGCAGAGUUUAGACUGCAACAGAGCCCCUAGAAGAGGUCUUAUCAGGCAAACAAUAACGGGUGAACUCGGGGUGUGUGGAAGCUUUCACAGGUGCAGUAGCAGCCCUAAAUGUUCUUGUUUCUACAUUUUGAAGUAUUGUUACAUUUUUUAAACAAGAGUACAAGUAGACAUAUCUCCUUAUAUUCAGUUUUUCUCUGUUUUCCAUGUUGAUGAUGAUGAUGAUUUUAGUCCAUUACUCAAGAUCUUGACAUCUUUAUUUCUAGAUCUCAGGAUAACAACACUGGUUUUCCUCCUGAUAACUAAUUAGUUUGUUAAGGUAAACCAACAUUUUUACACCAAAUUAUAAAAGCAGACAUCUUGAGAAACAAAUCACAUUUACUUACUGCUAUUAUUAAACAGACUAAAAGAAAAGCUAGGGAUUUAUGUCUUCUUAGGGCUUCCGCAGUUUUUAAACAUACAUGCCCAUUGAAAUCCCUGGAUGACUGCCACUGUCAGUCUACAGAGAAUAUUUGAUGAUGGAGUCUACAUGCACAUAAAACCUUUUAAAGCCUAAUUCGCUGUUUAAAGACUGCACUUAAGAAGAGCAUCACUCUAAAAAGAGAGAAAAAAACACUUUCCUACAAUGCCUGAUGUUUUGAGUAAAGCCUACAAACUGACUCCUUAAAUGACAUCCAUGCUUUGUAUGUAUGUGAAUACACUACUGAGGUGUGUAUAAAGAACUGUACAGGUUUGGUUGUCGCUGAACCGCAGAGAUGGAUUACAUUUCUGUUCUUUCAAAGCUAACAUGCUUUUCUGCCUGUGAAUUAAGCUUGCAGCACAUCUAGCCACACACUGUAUGUAACUAGCUGCAUACUGUACUUGUUGUAGUGAUAUGCAGAGCGUGUAGAAGAAGUGACAAACACAUCGGUGCAUGUCUGCAGGGCUACAGAGAUUAAUUUGUUUCUGGUGGAGACAUUUAAAAAAAAGUCCAAACUUUCUGUGAUCAAUACACGUUUUCUGUUUUUUUACUCCUCUUCUUUGUUUUGAAGUAUUAAUCAGUAUGAGCUAGAAUGAGAAUUACAAAGCUGAAGUUAUGAACAUACAAAUGAAAUUCUAUGUAUAUGUUAAAGUAGUUGGAGGUGCUCCCCUCCAUAUACAGUUAUACAUAGAAAGCUUUAUGUGUAUAUAGCUGCAUCUUCUCUCGUCUGUCCUGGAUGAUUCUUGUGCUUUUGUGUUACAAAACUGAUGUGACACCAGAGGGGAAACUGCAGUACUUUGAUCCUUUAACCCUUUCCCUCUUUCCUUGGACUCCACUUCCUAUGUCCCGCCUCCCUGAGUCUUUGCCCCCCAUAGCGUGAAGCAUUGUAAGCGUUUUGAGCUUUGUAAAGGUCUUUUUUUAAAUACUAAUUUUGUGCAUAAUGUAAAACCUGAAAGUGUGUACUUUGGAAAAAAAAAUGUUUUGUGUCUGAAAUCAUAGCUUCAUUGAAAAAAAGAAACUAUAAAAAAAAUAACAUUUACUAUAAAUAAUAUGAUGAAAUGAUCUGCAGUAAGGAAGGACUUCUGGUGCCUUACAAAUAAA